CUCCAUCAGCCGUUUCGAGCUGGUUUUGGUUUCAUGUGUUGUAGAUGAUUAUGGAUGCACGGUUUGGGAGUUUAUACUAUUGAUGAUUUAAUAUAUGUUGACGAUCUUUGCUUCGAGCUGUUUGUUUGAUAUUUUGUACUUGGGAUUGAUUGUUGGAUUUGGGGAAGUGCUUUUAUUAAUAAUUAAUACACGGAUAACGUUUAACUUUGUGUUAGCGAUUAAGGGACUCACCCAUCGAUGCGUACAUACGUACGUACACUUGCGCUUCCACUUCGACUUCCCAACCUCAUUAAUUGCCUGGCCAUUUACUGUGUUUUCCAGCAGUGUCUCUAGGACACGCGGCAACGCGGCUUCAUCACAAAUAGACAUAAGUCAAAUUACCCGAAUUCGCUACCAUACGUUCGUCAUUCAGGGACUUUCCGUCUCUGUUCGUUGCCAUUUCGCUGCUGAGAUGACGAUUUUGGAGAUUCCUUACUUUCUUUAUUUCUCUUCGUCCCACUCAUACCCCGUGGAUCCGAGCUUCUUCCCGUCUCCCACUCGAUUUGAGCUCAUCUGCCCCUCACCGACUUGAUCUGAACUCAUCUCAACUGCGAUAGUACCUACGUCUGUAACUACACCUAUCACCACAGCUAUCAUCGCCGCUCGCGUUAUCUCAGCAUGCCCUUCAGGACUACUCUUCACCGGCACCUCGAGCUACCUGUUUUGCUUCUUUCUCUUACAGUCUUUGCUCUUUGGUGCUCACUCUCGGACUCGAAUCAUCGCAUUCUUUCAGUGUUGGAUUCCCCUAGCCCCGGUGGACCUGGUCGCACGCUCAUCUGGCUUGGGAUAGUCAGCUUGUCUGCCGUGUUGAUCUGCUACCCUACGGUGACGAUCUCCCUAGCUGUUACGAUACUU